CAAUACGUAGACUGCAAUCAACCUGAAUUUAUUUUUUUCACAGACACAUCCUGAUGGAGAACUGGAUGUAGGAAUAAAGUUUCUCAGAAAAGAAGAAGAAGAAGAAGUGUACGUCACACACGGAAGUGUCAACAUGGAGGACGGUAAAGAAGUUUCCACGAAUUCGCUUCUGAAAGAUGAGUGCUAUUCGGAUUUCCUGGACGAAGAUUUUGACGUGAAGACGUACACAGCACAGGCUAUCCAUCAGGCCGUCAUCGCUGAGCAGUUGGCCAAGCUGGCACAGGGCAUCAGCCAGCUCGACAAAGAACUGCACAGCCAGGUUGUGGCAAGGCAUGAAGACUUGUUGGCUCAGGCUACAGGGAUUGAGUCUCUUGAAGGGGUUCUUCAGAUGAUGCAGACGAGGAUUAGUGCACUGCAGGCCGCUGUUGAGAGAAUGAGGGCAAAGAUUGUUGAUCCCUAUAACAAGAUUGUGGGCAGAAUCACUCAGCUAGCCAGACUGCAGGUGGCCUGUGACCUGCUUCGGAGAAUCAUACGCAUCUUGUACCUGAGCAAGAGGCUGCAGGGCCAGCUGCAGGGUGGCAGCAGGGAGAUCACUAAGGCUGCUCAGAGCAUCAAUGAACUGGACUACUUGUCUCAAGGUGUGGAUCUGAGCGGUAUAGAGGUGAUCGAGAAUGAUCUGCUGCUGAUCAGCAGAGCUAGGCUGGAGGUGGAGAACCAAGCCAAGAGACUACUGGAGCAGGGCAUGGAGAUCCAGAACCCAACCCAGGUUGGAACAGCUUUGCAAGUUUUUUAUAACUUGGGCAGUUUAAGAGAGACUAUCACCUCUGUGGUAGGGGGUUAUCAGACCACCAUAAAGGAUAAUGUCUCGAAAGCCCUUGACAUCAAGGGUUUGACACAACCAACUAACCCCAGAGGAGCUCCUGGGAGAGCAGUGAUGCCUACACCAGGCAACACGGCAGCAUUCCGUGCUGCUCUAUGGACCAACCUGGAGAAACUGAUGGACCAGAUAUGUGCUGCAUGCAGACAGGUGCAGCACCUACAGAAAGUACUGAUGAAGAAAAGAGACCCUGUCAGCCAUGUGUGCUUUAUUGAUGAGAUCAUCAAGCAGGAUGGUCAGCCAGAUAUCCUCUACACCUUCUGGACAGAUGUAACCGGUACACUCAGUGAGGACUUUCAUCGAGCAACGGAAGCCUCCUCUUUCCUCAAGCAAGCUUUUGAAGGAGAGUACCCGAAACUUUUGCGACUGUACAAUGAGCUGUGGCGCCGUCUGCAGCAGUACAGCACAAGCCUGCAGGGGGCUCUGACGAGCAGUGGAGGGUUUGACACCCCUCUGGACCUCACUAACGCAGAAAUAGAGAGCCAGGACCUGUUCACACAUGGAAAACAGGACUACAAUCCAGAAAAGGCCUUGAAGGACUCUCUGCAGCCGUAUGAGGCAGCAUACCUCUCCAAGUCCUUGUCCCGUCUGUUUGAUCCCAUCAACCUGGUGUUCCCCAUGGGGGGGCGUAACCCACCCUCCAAUGAUGAGCUGGAAAGCAUCAUUAAAACCAUCAGCAGUGAGCUGAAUGUGGCAUCAGUGGAUCCAAACCUCUCUCUUGCUGUGGCCAAGAAUGCUGCAAAAACCAUCCAACUCUUCUGUGUAAAGUCUGAGCAGCUGCUCUGUACUCAAGGAGAUGCCAGUCAGGUGAUUGGACCAUUGACAGAGGGGCAAAGAAGAAAUGUUACUGUGGUCAACUCUCUGUACCGCCUACAACAGGCUGUUGCUAAGAUUAUUUCUGCUUUGGGAGCAUGUCCACCAGCUGCGGUAGAUGCCCUCUUGUCUUCUUUGGAGGGAGUUCAGGCCCUGAUGAGCAGCGCAGUGCAGCCUCUGCUGCAGUCUGUGAGCGACUCUAUUGAGGCCAUCAUCAUCACACUUCACCAAGAAGACUUCUCAGGGACUCUGUCCAGCCCUGAUAAGCCAGAUGUUCCAUGCUCCCUGUACAUGAAGGAGCUGCAGGGCUUCAUCUCCAGAGUAAUGACCGACUACUUCAAACAUUUCUGGUGUUUGGACUUCGUCUAUGACAACACGGAGUCCAUCGCCCAGAGAGCCAUUGAGCUGUUCCUUCGCCAUGCGAGCCUGCUGCGCCCACUGGGGGAAGGAGGCAAAAUGAGGCUGGCUGCUGACUUUGCACAGAUGGAGAUGGCUGUAGCCCCUCUGUGCAGGAGAGUGUCCGAUUUGGGGAAGCCAUACAGGAUGUUGCGCUCUUUCAGACCUCUGCUGUUUCAGACCAGUGAACUGAUCGCCAGCAGUCCUGCAGUAGGUGACCUGAUCCCCUACAGCACCGUGCUUCACUUUCUCUUCACCAGAGCCCCAUCUGAGCUCAGAUCACCUCAUCAGAGAGCAGAGUGGUCCAUUGCACGUUAUUCCCAGUGGCUGGAUGAUCACCCCUCUGAGAAAGACAGACUCGCCCUCAUCAGGGGGGCCCUGGAGGCCUACGUGCAGUUGGUGAGAACUCGGCAGGGAAAAGAGUUUGCUUCCAUCUAUCCCAUCAUGCUGCAGCUGUUACAGAGGGCCACCAGUGCUGCUCAAGGGACUAAAGCCUGAAGGAUACCGCAGUGGUGCUGCUGUCAGAAGCAGAAUUUCUUACUGUUACUACAUGUUGUAAACAUUUUCUGGAUCCUGUGCAGAAACAGGCGCUGAUGUACCACUUUGUUAACUUUGAGAAUAAAGGAACUAAUGUUU